CGACCCUACCGAUACGAGUGCCCUCGCUCGAAAGAAACAAACCGCGACGAACAAAAGCACCAUCCCCUCACCGCAAGACACAGAACUUCAUUGAACAGAGAGUUCUACCCCCAKAGACUAAAAGAGUGAAAGGCGAGUAAAAAACGAUAUGCAGAUAGGCAAAAGAAAAAGCGAAAGUAAGUCCAGUCCCACGAGACUCCACACUGCUAUCACUGCGAUCUUGUUGGUAUGUGUAUGCAACCUCUCCUAUGAUCGGUACGCGAGCAUUCUCGCGAGUCGAGAAGGGGACACCGCGRUCGUCGCCAAAAACAAAACCCUCGAAGAAUCGUCGUCGUCUCUAGCGUCGGCGGCAGCAGCAACAUUGCCAUCGCCAUCGCCACCGCCACGCGAGCCCCGGCUCGGAGACGGCUGCUACCACGUAUUCCUAGAUAUAGGGGCCAACAUCGGGGUGCACGGCCGGUUUCUGUACGAACCACACAAAUAUCCGAAUUCCCGAUACUCCGUCCCUCUUUUUGAAAAAGAAUAUGGAUCCAACCGAGACCCCCGGGACUUCUGCGUGUUUGAGUUUGAGGCCAACUCGAAGCACUGGCCCCGCCUGCAGGAGGUUGCGGCGAGCUAUUCGAAACAGGGCUGGAGGUACCACGUAAUCGAGGCCGCGGUAUCGGACUACGAGGGGUUCACAACCUUUUUCCACCAGGGCCCGAAGGACGAGAAGUUCCAAGAGUGGGGGUUUUCCGGGGCCAAGAAUUUUGGCAUGGAAGGGGCUUACGAGGAAAAGGUUCCUACAAUCCGGUUGAGCGAAUGGAUCAGGCACCACAUCCUCGAACGGGAAGUACCUGGCGGCCCUCCCAGCGGCACUUCCAGCGAUGAGAACAACAACAACGCCAAGCCAAUUCUCUCCUUCAAAAUGGACAUCGAAGGCUAUGAAUAUGUUGUGUUGCCGGACAUGAUCCACGAGGGAAUUAUCUGUGGCUUCGAGUUUGCCUUUGGAGAGUUCCACCCCAAACUUGCCCCGAUUCGGACAUUCAACGGCAAGGAAAAUACCAACAGCAGUAGCAGCCCCGAUGACCCUCCGCUCCACCGCGUGUCCCUCGAAUCCGCCCAACUGGCCAGGCAAUACGCGUCUGCGCUCACCCAGACCAUCGAGUCCUCCCGGCACUGUUCCACGCACUGGUUAAACAUCGACGACGAAUCCUACCUCCGCGACGGCAUGGAACUGCCCUGAUGAUCACCGAAAYCAAACAAGCAAGCAAGCAAGGGCGAGGACGACAUCAMCGAGGCACAAAUCUAUCGAUCAAGCCACCGUCCCCUUCUUUCCAUGGCGUAACCUUCGCGCAGUAGCAUGAAUACUAGAGCUAAUACUGGCAUUACUUCUACUUCUUCCUUCUCCUUUUGGUUUGUACUAGCACCUCUUCUACAGUCACUACAACCUGCCUCAACCCUUAUUGAUGAUAG